AGAGAUAGAAGCUAAAUCUGAACAAGUGACAAUUCUCACGUUUACUCUUCACUUCACUUUGAAUUGUUCAUUAGCAUCCGUCAUAAAGAAGAAAUGACUGAGUUCGCCGCUGAACCUGUUCCUAUGGACGUAGACAAAAACUCGGAAAAGAUUGACAUGUCUUUGGAUGAAAUUAUUGAACUCAAUAAAAAGGAAAACAUCUCUGCAAUGAUUGCAGUUAACAGGACAAGAGAACAACAGAAAAUACAAUGGAAUUUGCACCCUCACAUCCCACAAAUUCAGCCAGGACAAAGAAUGCAACAGAAUAUACAGGGAUCUAGUCGACCACCGGGAAAUGCCUUUGGAUCACGAGGAUAUGGGAGAAUUAAUCAACGCUGGCAAACACAGGCUAGAUAUCCCAGAAUUAGACCAGAUGGAAGAGAACCAACCAUAGCAGUCAAACAACAAAUUGCACCCAUUCGGAAAGGAACUCCAAGAAUCAUAUGGGAAAGAGCACAGCAAACCAAGAAGAGUUUCAGGCCUACACGACAGGGGCUUCCUCAACUGCUGAAAAGAAGGAUUAUGUUCCAAAAUAAAGUUUCAAACCAGCAGAACAGACAACUAAUGCAAAAUCAACAAAGACAAACCAAAGUGAACAUUAAAAGAGGGUUUCUGCAAAUGGGUUUGGAAGCUGCACAGAAGAAACAAUGGACUCAAGUGUGGCAGCAACGAUCAACUACCAGCUCCAUUUUAACAAUAUCUCUACCCAAUCCACUGGCCAACCAUCCACCAGUUCAAAGACCAAGAAUUCAACAGUCUACAGCUGGAAGAAAACGAAUGGGAACAAAAGUAGUGAGAAAACAGCCAAAAGGGGUUUACCUUGGAUUCAACUUGAAGAGUAUUGCCAAUCAGACAUGUGUGACUCUGAAUGAUCGAUUUUCCUCUAUAAAGAUACGUCCCCAUCCUGCAACACCAAGAAGAGGAGGCAGAACUGUUACUAUGGGCUGAUAUUUGCCCUUGUUGCUUUAUAUUUAGUUUUCAGAGUAGAGUUUAAGGAAUAGGUUUUAUUUAUUAUUGUUGAAGAAUAAGGGGUAAGCCAUUUAGAACAGAGAUGAGAAAAUAAAAUUCACACAGAGGGUUGUGAAUCUGUGGAUAUCUCUGCCUCAGAAGGCAGUGGGGCCAUUUUUCUGUAAGCUUUCAAGGGAGAGUUGGAUAGAGCUCUUAAAGAUAGCGGAGUCAGGGGAUAUGGGGAGAAGGUAGGAACGGGGUACUCAGUGUGGAUGAUCAGCCAUGAUCACAGUGAAUGGCGGUGUUGGCUCGAAGGGUCGAAUGUGGCCAACUACACCUAUUGUUAAUGCUUUCAAAUUAUCUAUUUAAAAUGCAAACUUGGUGUAUCUAAUAUAGUACACACUGGAAAUCUCAUGCUCUCAGCACAAAAUGUUUUCAUUAAAUGAUGCAAGUACCUAUUCUAUCCCCAUUAAUUAAAAUGUAAUUUUUCCCCAAGAGAAAUGUGACACUACCAUUUGCUCAAAUGAAUCAAUCCAUUAAAGCAAGAUAAAACAAUUUAAAUUAAUCAAAUAACAACCAUUUUUUGUUGAAAAGCAAUUUAAAUAAAUAGUUAAUUUAAAUUGAAUUAAGAGGAAUAAAUUAUACAUUGAAAUUAAAGAUAAUGAGUGUGGUUCUGCAUUUGUAUCUGUCAGAAUGAUCCAUAGAACUGGGGCGGGUGAGUUCUUUGCUCAUGGCAAGUAAGCAUUCAGUUACACAAGAUCAUUUUAGAUCCAAAUGAUUCAGAGUGCAUACAUUCAGAAAUUAUCUGGCACAAAUUGAGAUUUAUGGAGCCAUUUUAAACAGCUGAUGCACACCAAAAUGUUAGUGAUCAAGCUAUCACUGACGAGAGUAGGAUGCAGGAUCAUUGAAUAGAGUUGUAGAAUUGUUACUACACAGCAGGCCAUUAAGUUAAUCAUGUGUGUACCAGUAAACCAUCAAAGCUAUUCUAUGAUGCACUCUGACUGGUUGCAUCAUGGCCUGGUACUGCAAUUCCAAUGACAGGCAUGCAAGAGGAUGCUGUGAUAGACUCAGCCCAGUCCAUCAUCGGCACAGCCUCCCCACCAUCUAAGGCAUUUAUAUGAGGCCUCAUGAAAGCGGCAUCUAUCAUCAAGGAUCCCCAGCAUCUGGCCAUGCCCUCUUCGUACUGCUACCAUCUGGAAGGAGGUACAGAAGCAUGAAGUUCCACACCACCAGAUUUAGGAACAGCCACACACAAAGAUCCAUCAGAUUCCUACUCUGUUUUACACAACCCUAACCCUACCUCAGCAAUAGAUACCUAUACUGAACCACUAUCAUGGACUUGUUUAUAUUGUGUUUUAGCACAAAUGCCUUGAGUUUGCAGUUUUUUUUUCUUUUCAUUACCUUGUGUAAUUUGUGUCUAAUUAUGUUCUGUGUGUUGGCUGAGUACACAUGCUGUGGUGCUGCUGCAAAAAAAACCUUUUCAUUGUGCCUGUACAUCACCGUACUGAUGCAUGUGGCAAUAAACUCAUUUAGACU